AUGUCACACGGUGCCACAGAUGGACACUGCAGCUUGACAACAUUUCAUGACCUGCCGUACGAGAUGUUACGAGAAAUAUUCUCAUUUAUGCCCGCCGGCGAUAUCUUCAGCAUCAUCACCACCUGCCAAGCACUCUAUAAGGCUCUUAACCAAGACGAAUCGCUUUGGAAGGAGCUUUCUUUACGGUAUGGCGUAACCGACAUUGCGCUUUUCGAGGGACGCUCAUUCCGAACCAUUUAUACCCGUUUUCUUCAUCAUUAUGGUGCUUUGCUGGGUCUUUGGGCGAGCGACCAUCCGUUCAAGGGAAAUAUUAUGGAAUAUCGUAUUGCACCAAACAGGUGGGGACCCGGGAAGUCUCACGUCGUUAUCGGUGAGGUGUGGCGUUUUCCACUCACGAGGAACCAGACUGCGACUGAGAAGCGAGAGCCGCACUUGCCGCAAUAUGUCGAGUUCAUGCAAGUUGGCUUUGGGUUGGAGGAGGGGGACGAUGUCGAUGCUGUCUGCGUAACGUGGCACAUCCAUGCAGAGCAGUCCCUCCUCAACCCCGCAGUGCCGUUCGACAGACAUGACGAAUCCAGCCAUUACUCGAAGCCCGUCAUGCACCUCAUCACUGCAUUCCACGGGCCAAUUCCCUUCCAUAUGCCCUCCGCCCAUCACAAUGGGAACCCAAUGGCACACCCCGAUUUUCCAAAUUCCAGUACGAUUGCGUGGUAUGACCCCACACGCGGUUAUCCCAACGUGCAAUUGAUGGCAUGUCCCAAUGAAGACAAGAAUCUAUCUGGCAACAAUAGGCCACAGCAGUGGCAGAAUUCAGUGUGGUCGGACUAUGCAGAUGACUCGGACCCUGAAGAUGAUUCGGAUCCUGAAGAUGACUCGGAUAUUGAGGAUGGGACUGUAACUCCAAAACGGUUCCCAAAGCCUGUAGCAUUGUCCUUCUACGGCAUCUUGAGCAACGAUCUGCUGCAGCUUCAUACUCCCAUCCACGGUUUCUAUGAUCCGCGUCAAGACACGGCACCACGCUACUUCCCGAUGCGGGGUGACAUCGAAUUUGGCGACGACCCUUACAGCUCCAGCUGGCGUGCAGAGUCUUUGCGCGGCCUCUGGUUAGGCUCUUAUGGCCCCCACGGGACAGAAUGUCUUCACCUUGAGUCUGUUCCUAGUCUUCAGGCUGUCCACGCGCGGAAGGUCACCGGUGACGCCAAUGUGCCCCGGGGAGUAAUCAGCUGGGCUAUGCAAUUGAAUCACCCAGUAACGCACCAGCAGCUAAUGGAUGAUGAGGUCCUUGAAGGCCAGGUUGCCCGUGCCUUUGCGGGGAGAGGAACUACCAGCGGACACGGAUUUAUCUCUCCGGAGAAGGUUAAAGUAACUGUCCUCAUCAUUAGCAGGGACGAGAUCCGGGUUAAUUGGACAAAGUCAUACACAAAUAAGUACAUCAGAUAUCGUGGGCGGUAG